AUGUGGAAGAUUCUCGGUCCGCUGUUCCUCAUCUGUCUCUCUUCAUCCAUCCACGCCAGCUUCACUCAUGGCCCACCCGCACCCGUUGCUGUGCCUGCUGUUUACAGCGCACCACCUACGCUAACCUAUGCUGCUGCACCACCUCCGCACGUUACAUAUUCAGCACCACCACAAUACUUUAAAUACGCCACACCACACAUUAGCGCCUACUCAGCGCCAGCUCCAGUUAUCAAGUAUUCGCUGGGUCCACCUGUAACCACUACAACCACCACGUACUCUGGAUUUGCUGCACCUGCACCGCCACCACAGCCUGUUGUACACGUUGCACCGGCACCACAGCCAGUUGUUCACUACUCAGCACCACCGCCACCACCACCACCGGCAGUUAUAGUAGCCCGCUAUGCUCCACCGCCACCACCUCCACCACCGGCAGUUGUUGUAGCUCGUUAUGCUCCACCACCUCCACCACCACCACCAAUCACCUACCACGCACAUCCUUCCUAUACCCGUUUAUCCGUUCAUGCCCCACCACCUGUGGUCACCUACGAGGCGCAUGCUCCAGUUCCGGCCGAGCUGCCAUGCGACACCAACGCCUGGUGCAAUAAAAGUGAAACAAAAAACCAACGGCACAAAAAUGUCUCACAAAGUGAGUGUGCGUGUGUGUGCUUGUUGUGCCUGGCAUGUGAUCUAAUCUCUAACGGAUUCUUUCAGAAAUCUGUGGUUCUGCUGCUGUUCUUCGGACUGGCGCUGCAGUUGAAUGUGGUGCAAGCGGAUGUGUCGCACCUGGACUAUUCCUUCUCACCUAGCACUCAGCUGGGCGCCUACCAUUACCCAGUGCCACGUGCCCCACAGCGGGCGCAUCAGCAAGUGGCACGUCAGUUUGUGGAGCCAGCGCUGGAGCAUGCGGCAUUCACACAGGUGCUGACCAGCCGUGGCUAUGUUUUCGGCGGCAACGCAGCAGCCGCCGCUGCACCACUGACAGCAGCAGCAGCAGCACCAGCAACAGGUCGUGCCAUAGCCACCCAUUCGGAUAGCAAUUCCCUAAAUCUGAAGCUGCCUGUGCCCUUUGGCCUGAUGCCUUUGAACGUGGCGAAUUUGCCGCUGCAAGCGGGCGCCUCCUAUGCCACAGUGCCGCACACCACCGGCCUGACCUCCUACGGCACCGCGCAAAUACAAAGGCGCUAAGCACCACAUAGCAACAGCAACCA